AUGUUAAUGAAGCAAAUGGUAGAUGAUAUUCGGCAGCAGUACCGCCAAACCGUUAGAAGCCAUCAGUUAGUUGGUGCUAGUGACGUCAAUAGUGGGAAAGAAAAAAAUCCACAAAAAUUCAGUCCUCAAUUUUGUUGCACGGCAAGUCAUCAGGUGACCGUAGUACCUCAGCAAAAACUGAUAAAUGAUGAAUUGAUUACGCAUAAUCUGUUACACCUAUCCUCCUAUUGUCCCAAAGUUGAAUCAUUUAUAGAUGAGGAACAAUUAAAUGAACUGGCUUUAUUGGGACUGGAGCAAUUUGCAUCGUCGCCAUUUGCGAUACUUUACGGUGAGACUUCUACAAAUUUCCAACUAUUAGCGACCAGUGGAUUACGAAAGCUUGUUAAAUCGUACACAUCGCCCACAGAAUGGCAGAUUGCAGACCGUCCUACGGCAUGGGAAAUAAUUAAACCAUAUUUUUGGACAGGGCCGCCUCGCAUACGUUUCGAAGGUGUUUUUGAUAUUAUUCAACAGUAUAUCGACUCAAAUUUGUCCGUUCUCGAUAUUCUUAAUAGUGGCACGUCACGACCAAGCCGAACACAUGAUGCUCUUGCUGUUCUCGCAUUUAUGUCGACUGUUAUUACAACGAAUUUUGAUCAUCUUAUUGAAGAUGCAGGCCGAUAUCGACCCAGUUACAAUCCAAACACUGUUCCUUUUAAUGUCUUUUAUACGGAAGCAGAUUUCGAGAAAGCUCGUAAUUCUCUUGGGAAUAGUGCAUCAUCACUACCUGAAUUCAAAGGUUUGUGGAAAAUUCAUGGCACGGUUGCCAGAUGGGAAAAUAAUUCGUGGUCUCUUGUUCGAGCUGAUGAAGACGGAGGCCCAGUAGCAACAUUUCGACAUCUAUCAUCCACACGAGAAUCGGACAAUCGUCGUAUGUUUUUGCAGUAUUUAGUAGAAACCCGUCAGCUCUUAGUUAUUGGUUAUUCAGGCAGUGACGAUUUCGAUAUAACAGGUUGGCUAAAAUCGACAAAAAUACCGAAACGUGUACUUUGGGUUCAACAAAUAACGGAGAAAAGCUGUUCAGAGCAGGUACUUUGGAGCGGUAUUGAUAUUGUCAAUAAUGUUCCGACUAAUAUUUCACAAUUCGAUAGAGGUCUUAUUGGUUUAGCCUGUGCGUGGAAUGAACGGAAAGUUGCCGACCGUCUAACGGUGCUGGUAACAACUAAUCUAACCGAUGUGUUAGUAAGAAUAGCUAAACUGUAUGGAACAAUUAUUCGACUCAGAGAAGACCAUCCGGCAGCGGCUGUUCCUGUUAAGGAGGAAGAAGAAAACAAACAGGAAUUUUUACUACCGAUGCCAACAAAAUGGCAAAGUUAUACUGUCAGUGGAGCUAUGCUUGCGCAUCUUUCCUACUUUUCGGAUGCAAAAUGGUAUUUCGAUUGUGCUGCUCAAGCAGCCAUUGUUGGUACUCGAGAAUAUUGUAUUGCAAAACUAGCUAGUGCCGAGGCAGCAAUUGAAAUCGGCAGUAGAACAGAACGUAUCCAGGCAAUGAAAGAUGCAAUGGAAGCAGCCGAGACAGCACCGCUGUCGCAAAUUGGUUGGGAAAAAUCGAAAGCGCAGCUUCUGAAAGCUACUGUAAUACGUUUCGUCGAAAAAGAGGGCGCAGCUACGGCAAUAGACAUUUUAAAAAAUUUACUCGAUGAUUAUGGUCGUCCGCAGGAUUGUGAGGAUGUAGGUCGUGAGCGUAAUGUUGCACUUGAUGCUGCAAUGCUACUUGCACAAUUGAGGCGAUAUUUGCCUAACAGUGAGGAACCAUCCGACGUAGUAAAGGAAUGGCUUGAUGCCGUACCCAAAACUGCUUUGUUGCACACAAAAGCCAUGAAUUUGCAUGAACUAGCAUUACACAAAUACCAAUGGGCGUCUAAUACUGACGAACUCAAUGAUGCAGUAACAACAAUAAAAGAAGCUUGCGAAAUUCGAGAAGAGGUUGGACAUAUGCGUGGUCUUGUUGCCAGUUUAAACGUGCUCGGCUCCAUCUGUAUGAGACAGGCAGAUUGGGUUUUAUCGUCUAAUUGUAUGGAUGCUCUUGAACAAUUUUGCCGUUCAAAAGAAUUAUCCGAUAAACAUGCAUCCGAAUUCGACCAAUUCCAGGCUCGUAUUCAUCUUUUUAUUUGUCUUCUUCGUUACCCAUCAGGAGCCAAAUUUAUGGAUGAAUUGUCUCAUCUUUUGGAUUAUUUCCAAACAAAAACAACUGACGAUAUUCGAACAAAAAUUGAAACAGACUUUUGUCUCGCCAUGCGUAUAUUCAUUUCUCCGACGGUAUCGGUCGAGGACGCAUGUAAAAAGGCUGAGAUACAUUUCAACAAUAUAACAUCGAAAUAUACGACUCACCACGAUGCCCGUCUAAUUCGUAUUCUUGGUGCAGCACGUUUCAAUUCGGAAUUGUGUAGUGAGUGGCUAAGAGGACGAGCUCACAGAUCAGAUCCGGACUUGACAAGAGACAUUACGACUAGAACAAAUGUGUCGGGUGCGGUUAGCGCCUACUGGAAUAUGCGAAUUCAACGAGCUGAAGCAGAGAUCCCAACGAAUGCAAACGAACGUUUACAACUUCUUUUAGAUCCGUUAUCACCCUAA